AUGGAAGAAUCACCCGAGGUCAAAUCAUUUAUUGGCGUUAUAUUCGCUGUUACUGGAAAUAAGAUAGCACACAAUGAAAUUAAGAAACUUCAUCAACUUGAACAAUUUGAUUCAAGGAUGGAUAUAGAUGCUGUCCCUCCUCAUCAUUCUAUCAGGAAUUCUACUAGGAAUUCUAAUAGUAGAUUGUAUAACGAUAAUAAUGAAAAUUACGAUUUGAUAGAUCCAGAGCAAUAUAAAGAAACGGAUUAUCUUCAUUCUAAAGCAUGGUGGACAGGAAUAUUUUUAAUGUCUAUCGGUGAAAUGGGAAAUUUCAUUGCGUAUGCGUUUGCACCAGCUUCACUUGUAGCACCACUUGGAACAGUUGCUUUGAUUUCAAAUGUGAUUUUAGCACCAAUUAUGUUAAAAGAAACAUUUAGGAAACAGGAUUUAUUUGGAAUUUUUAUUGCAAUUAUUGGUGCUAUCAUUGUAGUAAUUAAUUCUAAAUCUAAUGAAGUUAAGCUUUCGCCAGAUGCAAUAUGGAGUGCUAUAAUGCAACCGCAGUUUGUAAUUUAUUUUAUUACUACAUGCGUACUUUCGAUUAUAUUAAUUUACCUCUCUAAAAAAAUUGGACAUAAAUUUAUAUUUGUUGAUUUAUCAUUGGUGGCGAUAUUUGGCGGAUAUACAGUUUUAUCAACAAAAGCAAUUUCAUCUUUGUUGACUAUGGAAUUCGUUUUAAUGUUUACGGAUUCUAUUACAUAUCUUUUGUUAUUUGUUUUGAUGAGUACAGCAGUUUUACAGAUAAAAUUUCUUAACAAAGCUUUAAGUCAAUUUGAUUCAACGGUAUCGAUAAUAGGAAGUGCAGUAUUAUAUAAUGAUUUUGAAGAAAUGGAUAUUUGGAAAUGUUGUGACUUUUUGUCGGGAUGUUUAUUAACAUUUUUGGGUGUCAUUUUCAUUACUUCGAAUCGAAACAAACCUAAUUCUUCAUUAAGAAAAGCCAAUAUAAGAGGCAAUAAACCAGUUGAUUCUUCAACUCCUCUUUUGUAUGAUGGAAAUCAUUAUUCAAGUAGUGGCACAAGGAAUGAUAGUUUAUUACAAUCAAUCGCCAAUGGAGUUUCUGCUGCUACAACUCUUACUUCAGGUGUAAGUCAAGCAUUAAAUUCCGUGGGAACUCGUCAUUCACAUUCUUUAGGAUUAGAACAUCACCGAAAUAAUGAUUCACAAAUAAAUCAUCAUCAUCGUAGUAGUUCUUUACCUCCAAUUUCAACAUCAGAAACAUUUAACUCAGUAAAUGGUCAUAAUAAUAAUGUCAGUAGUUCCUUAAAAAUAGUAGUAAAUGGUUUUAAUGAGGAAGUAAAUGAAGGUGAAGGUGAAGGUGAAGAGAAUGAAGAAAUUUCAUUAGAAGAAUUAUAUAUUUAA